GAAUAUGAAAAUACAAACCUGGUGUCAAAGUGCUACGGACCAUAUCGGGAUGAGUGUGAUAGACAUACAUUACCUGAAAAGUGGAGAAAAGUGGAGACAGGAGUAUUGUUCUGGCACUGGCAUCAUUUUCAAGUGGGGAUGAGACUGUAGACAACGGUUCAAGCACAACAGACAAUGAUGAGACAGAGCUAUGCAUGAAAGAAAGCAUUGAUCUUAGUGCAAUGCACUGAUGUUGCAAACCACAUGUCCCCCAGCGAGGGGCGGGUGUGUAUUGCUUUCUGUGUUUCACAAACAGACUUUUCUCUUUGCUUGAGUGGAGCCAGUAUCCCCAAAGCUAAAGCUCACAGAAGACUUGACAAGUCCGUCAAAUUCUCUUACACAGAGAAUGCUGUAAAUCAAGGGGAUGAAGUGAAGAUUGAUCUUGUGAAGUCAGAAUAUGGUGGGAUGGUUUGAUAUGCUCCACCAAGUUCCUUGUGGCCACUACUAUUGCUUUUGAGCUGGAGAGGACACUGCUGGGAGGGAGUGGGUCAGCAAGCAAGCGAAGACUCUCAAACGGUGCAUUUGUUGGACAGGCUCUUCUAACUUGUCAUCCUGCCUCUUCCUCCCAUUAGGAUAAUGCACACAUCCCCAAUGCAGAUCUCUGCAGCCACCAUGAGCAACAUGACGGUGCUUGACAUUGCUGACCCCUAUGACCUUGACAUGACCUCUGACAAGGCCAUCUACCCCAUCAGCUUCCAGGUUUCUCUGACAGGUUUCCUGCUUUUGGAGAUAGUUUUGGGCUUGAGCUCCAACCUCACUGUGCUUGUCCUGUACUGUAUGAAACAGAACCUCAUCAGCUCCGUCUCCAACAUCAUCACUAUGAACCUGCAUGUGGUGGAUGUGUUGGUGUGUGUAUGCUGCAUCCCGCUGACAGCAGUGGUGGUGUUACUUCCUCUGGAGGCAGACACAGCCAUGAUCUGCUGUUUCCAUGAAGCCUGUGUCUCCUUUGCAAGUGUAGCUACUGCUGCUAAUGUCUUGGCCAUCACUGUAGACCGCUAUGACAUCUCAGUGCGACCGGCAAAUCGUGUGCUUACGAUGGGCCGAGCUGUGGCUCUAAUCGGAUCCAUCUGGGCUCUGUCUUUUUUCAGUUUCCUGGUUCCCUUUAUGGAAGUAGGCUUUUUCAUCAACUACAGUUCAGACCUUGUGAACCAGACUGCAGUGGUCACAGUGACUCAUACAAAUGAAUACUACACAGAGCUGGGUUUGUAUUAUCACCUGCUGGCACAGAUCCCUAUAUUCUUUUUUACAGCUGUGGUCAUGCUAGUGACUUACUACAAGAUCCUUCAGGCACUUAACAUCCGCAUUGGAACACGCUUUCAGCACAACCUACCUAAAAAGAAGCAAAAGAGCAAAAACGCUAUCUCUUUGAGCACUGCAACACAAGCAGAGUCGACUGACGCUUCACAGAGCAGCACAGGAGUCAGGGCAGGUGGGAGUGCACCUUUGGGCAUGCGGACAUCAGUGUCAGUCAUUAUUGCUUUAAGACGAGCAGUAAAGCGUCAUCGAGAGAGACGGGAGAGGCAGAAACGAGUCUUCAGGAUGUCCCUUCUCAUCAUCUCCACAUUCUUACUUUGCUGGACUCCAAUAACUGUGCUGAACACCAUCAUCCUCAGCACUGGACUCAGUGAUUUAACUGUUCGCCUUCGCUUGGGCUUCUUGGUGAUGGCCUAUGGAACCACUAUCUUUCACCCACUUCUUUACGCCUUUACUCGACAGAAGUUCCAAAAGGUUUUAAAAAGCAAGAUGAAGAAGAGGGUGGUGUCUGUAGUAGAAGCUGAACCUACACCAAACAAUGUAGUCAUCCAUAACUCAUGGAUUGACCCCAAGAGACACAAGAAGGUUACCUUUGAGGACACGGAAGCCAGACAAAAAUGUCUGUGCUCACAUGACGCAGAGUAAUGGGAUCAACUCAAAUGUAAAUACUUCAAAAAUGUAGAGUAAAUGGCACCAGGUUACAUUCCACUCAUAAAAAUCCAGCAACACACUAUAGAAGAAACAUUUUUUAAACCAGUAUUUUCUAUAUGCAGUGUAUAUACAGUAUAUAGAUUAAAUGCAGUAUAUUGCUAACUGUCAUAUAUUAUAUAUAUCAUUAACAGGGUUGCAACGAAAUACCGGUUUCAAGAUAUACCAUGAUCUAAAAGUUGACGGUUGUCAUACAUGUACAUUUGCUUAUACGAGAAAAACGGGAAUCUGGGAAGAGAAUCUCCCCUUUAUUUUAGUUAUUUUCUAUGGGGAGACUUUUUAAACAUACUUUCGUUAACAAAAUGGUUUCAAGUUUCAAUUACAGAAAUAAAACAAUUACACAAUAAAACAAACACCGAACCAACAAUAAGUUAACCCUUUUGUUUUCAUUCCUUUCUGGGUCAUUCUGACUGAUAAUGAUAUAAAUUCUGUAAUACUGUGAUACCAUGAAACCGUGCUAUUUUCUCAGAUGGUUAUCGUACCAUGAAUAUCUCAUACCGUUGCAACCCUAAUCAUUAACAAUGGAGUACAACAAUCCUGGGCAGCUUAGUAAAUUAAUACUAAAAUAAUGACCUCGAAAAACGAUCAGAGAAAUAUAGAGAAAAAGACGAGCAGUUUCCUUAAAAUAAACCUCACAUGUAAAAAGGAAAACUACCUGCAAAUGAAUGUGUACCAAAAAAAAGGAUUGUAUUAUCAGUUGAUUUUCUUCCUUAGUACGAAAAAUCUUAGUCUCAAAAUAGGUGUCAUAGGCAAACAAAGAGGGUAAUUUCUUGCUAUUUCUUAUUAAGUGUUGUGGAGUGCUAUCAAGGACAAUUUGUUCAUAACCUUUUAUCGAAGCAGCAGUGUGUGGUUUUCUCUUGUUGGCAUACAGUAAGACAAAAAGGGGAAUGUACAGUUAUAGAAUAUCUUGAUAUUGUUUGUCACCAUUUUUAAUUAAAAAAAGGGAAAAAUGUUGUUUCUCCCUCACUUUUCUUAGAGAUGUCCCCUCUUUCUGAUUUAUCAUUUAAUAAGUGUUCAAAUCUAUUGUUCAACCUACGGUCACUCUGUGUUUAGACAAUCUGUUGGUUUUUUUGCAAGAAAAUAAUAUCUAUUAUUGAAGUAUCAAAAGGAAAGAUGAGCAUUCCGUUUCUCCUACCAAUACAAUUCACAC